AUGGAUGACCUUGAUGAUGAACUGGAUCUGCGCUACCAUCACGGCGUGAACCCGGAUGUCUACUAUCGGGUCCCGACUACUGAGGUACAAUACCUUCCUGAUCUGCAGUCUCUGAAUGGUGCACUUCGGUACGAAUUAGAAAGAAAUGCGUCGAGCUUGAUCCCUUCAGAUAUAGUGACCGAGUUUGUUUUUGCGGCCGCCUCCACCGUCACCAUUCCCGUGACCCAGCAAGCCAGCUUAGAUGAUCUCAUUGAGCCUCGGGACUAUGCACAGAGCAUCCAAGUCGAAUAUGCAUUGUGUCGAGAUUACGAUGGCAAAGACAGACUCAAAAUCCAGAGGGCAAUCUCGAAGUCUAUUGUAGCAGCUAUCGAAGAGGCAGACAGGUUCAAGUACUCUGAGCGUUACGCCUAUAAUCCAAAGACUGGCGGUGAUGGUGCCCGGCUUAGAUUUGUCUGCCGAGACAGUUUGGAGAACAGAGACCGAAAAGCCAACAAGAAGAAGAAGGAGGCCGACGCCGAGGACGACGAUGAAACCACCAAAGCCAACAAGGACUUGUUGCCAACUUACGACUGCGGUGGUGCGAUCCAUAUCAAGUUCUCAAUCAAGCGCGAAGCCAUCAACGUGGUGUACAAGCACAGUCCAAUCCAUAGAGAUGUCGAGAGUCGGCGAAACGGCGACAGGACUUCAAAUGGAACCGUCAAAAUGAGGAAGCGCAGCAAGAAAGACCAUCAUGUUCUAGUUGACAAUGAGUUCCACAAUCCAGAUCUCGACAUGUCCACCUCACCUGAGGCACCCAAAUCUUCGGUGAAGAAGCACAAGAAGAAUGGCACUGUUGCCUCCGCAGCAAGCGCCACGAAGUCGUCGGCGAAGAAGAGCAAAGACCCCAAAGCGGCUACAGCUUCGUCUCCAGUCGAAUCUCGGAAGAAGGCUGCACCAGGGGAGCCUUCACCGCCCCCAAGGCUUGCCAAGAACAAGGCCUGCAUCUUGUGUCGCGAGAAGAAGAUCAAAUGCAAUGAGGCAAAGCCAACUCGCAACCAAUGCAAGAGAGGAUAA